AUGCAUCCGUUAACUGAGUUUGCUCUUUCUACUAAUGGGACGGUAUCCUAUUCCGCAAUGGCAACACAGGAUGUGCGGAUGUCAAGACUGCUGGCUCGAGUGGUGUUCAAACCUAGAGCCGUUUUCCAUGUGCCUGGUUAUGCUGCCAAUGAAACCACACAGAAUCUUAGUGACUUGCCAGAGAUCAUGCUAGAAAGUGGUAGGGUUAGGAGUCAGGAUUUAGACUCCUCAGGAACCAGUAUUACUGUGGAUAUUGCCGUGAUGGGUGAGGCUCAUGGCCUCAUUACCGACCUCUUGGCAGACCCUUCACUGCCCCCCAACGUGUGCACAUCCUUGAGGGCAGUGAGCAACCUGCUCAACACCCAGCUCACCUUCCAGGCUAUUCACAAGCCCCGCAUGAAUCCUGUUGUUUCCUUCAGUGAAAAUUACACCUGUUCUGAUUCUGAGGAAAGCUCUGAAAAAGACAAGCUGGCUAUUCCCAAGCGCCUGAGAAGGAGUUUGCCUCCUGGUUUGUUGAGACGGGUUUCAUCAACUUGGACAACCACCACCUCAGCCACAGGCCUACCCACUUUGGAGCCUGCCCCAGUACGGAGGGACCGGAGCGCUAGCAUCAAACUGCAUGAAGCAUCUUCAUCAAGUGCUGUUAGUCCUGAUUCUUGGAAUAACCCAGUGAUGAUGACCCUCACCAAAAGCAGAUCCUUCACUUCAUCCUAUGCUGUUUCUGCAGCUAACCAUGUAAACUCAAAAAAGCCAAAUCGACCAGGUGCCCUAGCUAAAAUUUCACCUCUUUCAUCACCCUGUUCCUCACCCCCCCAAGGGACUCCUGCCAACAGCCCAGUCAGCAAAAUUUCUGCAGUGCGGUUUCCAGAAUCUGCCAACACGACUGCCAGACAAGGCCUAGGUUCUCACAGGGCAUUAACUUAUACUCAGAGUGCCCCUGACCUGUCUCCUCAGAUCCUCCCUCCAGCUGUUAUAUGUAGCAGCUGUGGCAGACCAUAUCCUCAAGGGAAUCCUGCUGAUGGGCCCCUGGAGGGAAGCAGUGCAGCCGUUCGGACACCAAGCAGAACGGAUGACACUACUCAAGUUACCUCUGAUUAUGAAACCAACAACAACAGUGAUGGCAGUGAUAUCGUACAGAACGAAGAUGAGACUGAGUGCCUGAGGGAGCCUCUAAGGAAAGCUUCUGCUUGUGGCCCCUACACGCCAGAGGCCAUGAUAUUCCUGGACAAGCCAGUUCUUGCUCCUGAACCUCUUGUCAUGGAUAACUUGGACUCAAUUAUGGAGCAGCUAAAUACUUGGAAUUUUCCAAUUUUUGAUUUGGUGGAAAAAAUAGGAAGGAAAUGUGGCCGUAUUCUUAGUCAGGUAUCAUACAGACUUUUUGAAGACAUGGGCCUCUUUGAAGCUUUCAAAAUUCCAGUUAGGGAGUUUAUGAAUUAUUUUCAUGCUUUGGAGAUUGGAUACAGGGAAAUUCCUUAUCAUAACAGAAUCCAUGCCACUGAUGUGUUACAUGCUGUGUGGUACCUUACUACGCAACCGAUUCCGGGCCACUCAACUGUGAUUAAUGAUCACGGAUCAGCAAGUGAUUCAGAUUCUGACAGUGGAUUUACCCAUGGACAUAUGGGAUAUGUCUUCUCAAAAAUGUAUAAUAUGCCUGAUGAUAAAUACGGAUGUCUAUCUGGAAAUAUCCCUGCCUUAGAGUUAAUGGCAUUGUAUGUGGCUGCAGCCAUGCAUGAUUAUGAUCACCCAGGAAGGACUAACGCUUUCCUGGUGGCAACUAGUGCUCCUCAGGCGGUGCUCUAUAACGAUCGUUCAGUUUUGGAGAAUCAUCACGCAGCUGCUGCAUGGAAUCUUUUCAUGUCCCGGCCAGAGUACAACUUCUUAGUUAACCUUGACCAUGUGGAAUUUAAGCAUUUUCGUUUCCUUGUCAUUGAAGCAAUUUUGGCCACUGACCUGAAGAAACACUUUGAUUUCGUAGCCAAAUUUAAUGCCAAGGUGAAUGAUGAUGUUGGAAUAGAUUGGACCAAUGAAAAUGAUCGCCUACUGGUUUGCCAAAUGUGUAUAAAGUUGGCUGAUAUCAAUGGGCCAGCUAAGUGUAAAGAGCUCCAUCUUCAGUGGACAGAGGGUAUUGUCAAUGAAUUUUAUGAACAGGGUGAUGAAGAGGCCAGCCUUGGGUUACCAAUAAGCCCCUUCAUGGACCGUUCUGCUCCUCAGUUGGCCAAUCUUCAGGAAUCCUUCAUCUCUCACAUUGUGGGUCCUCUGUGCAACUCCUAUGAUUCAGCAGGACUAAUGCCAGGGAAAUGGGUGGAAGGUAGUGAUGAGUCAGGAGAUACUGAUGACCCAGAAGAAGAAGAGGAGGAGGAAGCACCAAAUGAAGAGGAAACCUGUGAAAAUAAUGAAUCUCCAAGAAAGAAAACUUUCAAAAGGAGGAAAAUCUACUGCCAAAUAACUCAGCACCUCCUGCAGAACCACAAGAUGUGGAAGAAAGUCAUUGAAGAGGAACAGCGGUUGGCGGGCCUGGAGAAUCCGUCCCUGGACCCGUCCCCCCAGCAGCAUUCCUCAGAUCAGAUCCAGGCCAUCAGGGAAGAGGAGGAAGAGAAAGGGAAGCCCAGAGGAGAGGAGAUCCCGACCGCCGAGCAAAACCAGUGACAGCUGGAUACAAUGAGCUGUGUUUCCAAACAGAGUGACUCGUCACAGACUCUUUUCAAGCCAGCACAACACUUAGACACAACACUGUAGAAAUACGAGAAGAUGGGCAAACAGCUAUUGCAUUUUGGGAUUCUUCGCAUUUUAUGUGUUUAUUUUUACAGUGAGGUACAUUGUUAAAAACUCUUGCUCAGAGAAGCUUUCACAUUUGCAACACCAGCUUCUAAGGAUUUUUUAAAGGAAGAAAUAUAUAUGUGUGUGUAUAUAAGCUCGCACGUAGAUACAUGUAAAACAUAUUCACACACAUACACGCACAUGCACACUGAAAGCCAGGCUUACUGGCUC